AUGUCCGGUGGUGGUCAAUCGUUAUUCGUUAGGUGGAAGUCUAGCGACUAUAGACGGACGGAUUGUGGUUUGACGACGGUCGAGCUGGAGUCCGGCUGCGGUCGGCCACUGGGUGGAAGCCGACGAUGGUCGACGGAUGAGCAGUGGUCCAAUGAUGGUCUGGCUGAAGUCCGACGGCGGUCGACCGUCGGGUCAAAAUUCGGCGUCGGUUGGCACCCGAGCGGUGGUCUGACGAAGGUCGGGAUGAUGUCCAGCGACGGUCGUCGUCCGGGAGAUGGUCCGGCGUCGGUUGGCGGCCGGUGGCCGGGCGGUGUCGUCGGACGCGGAAAGGUCGGGAGGCAGUCGGCGGCCGGGUGGUGGUCCAACGAAGGUCAGGUUGAAGGCAGGCGACAGUCGGCGGCCGGGCGAAGGUCCGACAUCGUUCGUCGGCCGGGCGGUGGUCUGACGAAGGUUGGGCGGAGGUCUGGUGGUGGUCUGCUACCGGGAGGAGGGAGAUCCGGUGGAGGUCGGUGGCAUGAAGGAGGUCAGCGGUCUGGCAGCGGUCGGCGGCCGGGUGAUGGUCUGGCGGCAGUCGACGGCUGA